GAAUUAGAAAUUUGACACUUCUGAAACUUACAGAUAUGGAGGACCUUACAUCUCGUGUUUGUUGGCAACUUGUGAAGAAGGAGGGCUACAUAGCAAUAUGGCAGAAGCCUUUCAAUAACUUGUGCUACAUGAGUCGCAACUCUGAAGUCCAGCCUCAACUUUGUGAUUCAGAUGAUCAGCCGAACAAAGUUUGGUAUGUUAGCCUAAAAGCAUGCAUUACUCGCCUUCCUGAGAAUGGAUAUGGAGCAAAUGUUUCUUCCUGGCCUGCUAGGUCUCAUGAGCCUCCACAAAGACUCCAAGAAGUUGACAUGGAUGCUUAUAUAGCAAGAAAUGAUAUUUUUGAGGCAGAGUCUCAGUACUGGAAUGAAAUUGUGGAGGGCCAUGUUCGUGUUUUUCAUUGGGAACAAUGGAAAUUGCGAAAUGUAAUGGAUAUGAGAGCUGGAUUUGGAGGGUUUGCGGUUGCACUAAUCAAUAAAAAAUUUGAUUGUUGGGUAAUGAAUGUAGUCCCAAUCAGCGAGCCAAAUACAUUGCCAGUGAUUUAUAAUCGUGGCCUUAUAGGAGUGACCCAUGACUGGUGUGAACCAUUUGACACAUAUCCAAGAACUUAUGACUUUUUGCACGCAUCUGAUCUAUUCUCUAUGGAGCAGAAGAGGUGCAAUAUCUCAGUCAUUUUACUGGAGAUGGAUCGGAUCCUCCGGCCAGGUGGGCAUGUACUUAUUCGUGAUUCCAAAGACAUCAUAGGAGAGAUUUCGGACAUCACACAGGCUAUGAACUGGAAGACUGACCUGCGUGACACUCCAGAAGGUCCAUAUGCUAGCAGGAGGUUAUUGAUGUGUGACAAGCCAUUCUCCUAGAACUUUAACUCUAUUUGUUGGAAAUUAGAUCUGCAAGAGCGCAUGUUUUUUCUAUUCAAUUGCUUUGGCGGCACUAUAGGAAACAACAUUUUCUAAAACUUGAUAUAAUGUGGUAAGCUUCUAUAAAUUGAGGUUUACAACCUGUAAGCAUUACACCUUGAUGUAGUCAAUGAGAUUUUCACAAAUUCUUACAA